AAAAGGGCAGCCUGCAGAGCUCAGAGAGGCUGGGAUAAACUUUCCAAGAGGACAGACGAGGAAAAAAGCGCAUCUCUGUUUCGGACACCUGAUGGGCAUCGUCUCAUAUUUGAACCGUCUCAUUGUCUUUAUGCGAAUUUUGUUUAGGAUAAUGAAAAACGGAAGUCGCACAAUUAUUUAAAGGGACAUCGACAGGAACUGCAGGUUUUGUUUUUCAGAAAUGGCUUUGUCUAUUAGAAGCAGGUGUUUGAUUUUGCUGUGUUUGACAACUCUUCACUGCGGCCAUGCAGCUCUUCAGACUCCUCCACACUACUCUUUGGUUCAUGGCCCCUCGUGUUUUACCAGCAGUCCUGCAUGGAUAAGCACCAGGUGGUCGGGGUGCUGCGUCAGAUGGAGAAGUUCUUGAAAGGCCAGGAGAUUCGGUUUACAGAGGGUCUCCGGAUAAUGAAGUCAAAACUGGCAUCACUUCAGAACUCCGUGUCCAAGUUACCUCAAGCUGAUCAGUCGGCUGCUCCGACCACCUGCCCCUCCUUAGAAGCCCCUGCUCAUGGAACAAAAUUCGGCUCAAAGCAUUUUGUUGGGCAUGAAGUCCAUUUCACUUGCUCACAGGGGUUCCAGCUUAUCGGUUCUUCCACCCGGGUUUGUCGAGACAAUGGCACCUGGUCUGGUGUCAGUGCAAUUUGUAAAGAUAUAAGUGAGUGUGUGAGUAACCCCUGCCAAAAUGGAGGUACGUGUGUGGAAGGUGUAAACCAAUACAAAUGCACCUGCCCCCAUAACUGGAGCGGCUCCCACUGCCAGCACCAAACCCAAACUGCACCGCCCGAAUGGAGUGUGAUGAACGAUCCGGCGUUUAGUCGGAGACCUCGCUGUGCCCAAAUCAACCAAGCCCAGCACUGCAGCUGUGAUGCAGGCUUCCACAUGAGUGGCACGUCUGACAACAGCAUCUGCCAGGAUGUUAAUGAAUGUGAAGUGUAUCGGUUGGACCAAGGAGGGAAACUCUGCUUCCAUGAGUGUGUGAACAUCCCUGGGUCAUACCACUGCUCCUGUCCUGUUGGUUACAAGUUACUUCCAGAUGGGCGGACCUGUGAAGAUGUGGAUGAGUGUUUAAGCCAGAAGCAUAACUGUAGCAGAGGUACGUCUUGCAUCAACACUGGGGGAAGCUUUCGAUGCGUCAACCCUGAGUGUCCCCGUUCCCAUGGCAACAUCAGCUACGUCAAGACAACUCCUUUUCAGUGUGAGAGAAACCCCUGUCCCAUGAACAGCCGCUCCUGCCAUCUGGCUCCUAAGACCCUGUCGUUCCACUACCUGUCCCUUCCCUCCAACCUGCAGACUCCUGCCACGCUGUUCCGCAUGGCAACCGCAGCCGCCCCCGGCCGUACAGGACCAGACAGCCUGCGCUUCGGUAUAGCUGGGGGGAACUCCCGAGGCAUCUUCGUCAUGCAGCGCUCAGACAGACAGACAGGUGAGCUGAUACUGGUACAGCAGCUUCGUGGGCCUCAUGAGGUCAGUGUCGAUGUGGAGAUGUCCGAAUACGCUGAUCGCAGCUUUCAGGCCAAACACGUUGCAAAAGUCCACAUUCUAGUUUCGCCUUAUAAUUUCUGAGGGUGAACCUGGAGGAGAAGCACAGCUCAAAGAACUUUGCAGGAACAAGGAAGAGCGCACAAAGGCCACCAAGGUGGAAAAGAAAAUGUGUAAGCCGUCACACAUGCUUUAAUACAUCUUUCUAAUAUGGUCUAAAAAUGAGGGCUGGUUGUUGUACACUGUCAUAAAAAAAUAUACAUAUCCUCUUUUGUUGCUUAUUUGGUGCAAAUAAAUGUUUCAGGUCAUUAAUCAUUUUCUAAUGUCAGACAAAAAUCCUGUUUUCAAAUGGUGAUUUAAUAUACUAAGGGAAAAUAGCUCAACACAUUCUUUGCCCCUUUUCUAAAUCAUAAAUAGAUUUUAAUUAACUAAAGAUGUAUAAGACCUAAGUUGAAUUUUACCAGCAAGUCACAGUUCAGAUAUCGGCUGUUUAUAAGGACGUGUCUCUCAAAUGAUGUAGGCUAAAUGAAGUACUGUAGGCUAAAAAACAACAGGCUAUGUCCUGAUUUAAAGAAAUCCAAGAGGAGAAUAGAAAAGUAAAUCAUCUUGGUGUUGAAAGGUUAAGCAUAGAUUUAAUCUAAGGGUCUAGUCUAUUGCAAACCAUUAAUUGCAUAUAGAGAAAGCAUUGAAAAGUGGUGAGAACAACAAAAUGACAUCAAAAGAGGUAAAUAUGACUAUGGAUUAAAAAAGGCAUGCACUAGGAAGUCAGAAGGCCAAAACUACAGCUAACUAAAAUAGAAAUAAAAUAAAUAUUUUGUGAACUUAUGAGAUAAAAGUAUAAAGCUCUGAAAAGUCUGCAUUCUAUUACAUCUGGUGUAAAACUACCAUAGUAUGUCAAAGAAAGACCAUCAUCCUGAGAGUCUGACAUGGAGGUCAUCUUGGGACAGUUUUUUUGUUUGUUUUGCCUGAAUGAUUUCCUGUAAUUGAUGUAACCAAGAAAUCAUUUUCCAUGAGAAUGCUGAACCAUAGAUUUGUGACCUUAGGCUCAAACUUCUACAUUAUGCAUCAAGGCAGAAAUAUUACCUCUGACUCAAAAAACCAUGAAGGUUUCAAACAGGUCUAGUCAAAACCAAGAAAAAAUAAAACAUUCAAUGUGGCUGAAUGCCUAGGUUCAUUUUGAUAGAAUUUCCUUUAAUGAAUAAAAAUAUUCAUCUAGGAAUAUCAGUUAUUUUCAGUCACAAGCUAUAUGUUUUCACAGCAGCAUAAUUCAUAUAAUCUGGGUCAAGAGAAUCAUUAUGUAUGUGUAGAAGCUGAUGUAGAAGCCUGAUAAACAUCCCUACAUGACAUCAGGGCUUGUUUUAGCUCUAAUUUAUUGGAAACAUUCUUGGUGGAUUUUAAAGUGUAACUAACAUCUUAUGUGCAAAUCUUACCCUAUACUGUUUAUUGUGAUUUUGUUUUUUGUUUUGCCAAAGCUUGCAUUGAUGUUCAUCUAGCAGCAGCGUUUAUCUCUUAAUGUCAUAAUCUGUAUGUUAUGCAGAGAUACUCAGAUUUUUUUCACAGUGCAGUCAGACUGUUUCUGACAUGUUACACAAACCCUCUGAUAUUCUAAAAAUCUCAAACAUUGCCACAAUAAAGCCACUCUGAUAUUUCAA